AAUAUUUACUGUCUCUUUAGGCUAUUUGAACAGUUUAACCCACAACAUGGAUAUCAGACCAAAUCACACAAUUUAUAUCAACAAUAUGAAUGACAAAAUUAAAAAAGAAGAAUUGAAGAGAUCUCUGUAUGCCCUGUUCUCUCAGUUUGGCCAUGUCGUAGAUAUUGUGGCUCUAAAGACCAUGAAGAUGAGGGGGCAAGCUUUUGUUAUAUUUAAGGAACUGGGCUCAUCCACAAAUGCCUUGAGACAGUUACAAGGAUUUCCAUUUUAUGGCAAACCAAUGCGAAUCCAGUAUGCAAAAACAGAUUCUGAUAUAAUAUCUAAAAUGCGUGGCACUUUUGCUGACAAAGAAAAGAAAAAAGAAAAGAAAAAAGCCAAAACUGUGGAACAGACUGCAACAACCAUGAACAAAAAACCUGGUCAGGGAACACCAAAUUCAGCUAAUACCCAAGGAAAUGCAGCACCAAAUCCUCAGGUCCCUGAUUACCCUCCAAACUAUAUUUUAUUCCUUAAUAAUUUACCAGAAGAGACUAAUGAGAUGAUGUUAUCCAUGCUGUUUAAUCAGUUCCCUGGUUUCAAGGAAGUACGUUUGGUACCUGGGAGGCAUGACAUUGCUUUUGUUGAAUUUGAAAACGAUGGACAGGCUGGAGCUGCUAGGGAUGCUUUACAGGGAUUUAAGAUCACACCCUCCCAUGCCAUGAAGAUCACCUAUGCCAAGAAAUAAGAUUUGGGAUAGCUGCCUUUAAAGGACUUGGUGUUAUGUAUAGUUUUAGUUUUUGAUAACAUUUGGUCAGGCCAUUUUAAUAGUUGGGGGUAGGGGAAAGUGUAUGAGAAAUUUUUGUAAAGGAUUUAAAACAUUACCUAGUCUUUGUUUAGCCUUAGUGAAUUAUGAACUGUGAACGCCUUAAUUUUGUACAAUAAACUUUUAUUUGUA